AUGCAACGAGGAGGUUCCGACGUGGAUCCAAGCAUCCACAUGAAGAAUGUAAAUCAACCAAGUUACACAAUGGAGGGCGGAAAAGAAUCUCACCUGGGAUCUCGAGACGAAGAGUUUGAUGCAAUGGUUAAGGAUGACAAUUACAAUGUUGAAAAUUAUCAUCUCAAUCACCAAGGAGACUACACCAUUAUUUUCAGGCACAAACAGGGAGGACAGAGACACAUGUUCACAAAUAUUCCACCCCAGAAAGUUGAACAUUCAAGAAUUAAGGAUCGAGUAGCUGGGGUUGCCUAUGGUGGAAGUGGUCAUCAAUAA